UCAGGCAAAGCGCGAAAGCAGCCUUCAAAACUGUCCUGUUUGGCGGUGACGGUUGACAGCUGUUGAUUCCUCGCAGCUGCAUCUCUCCUUCGGCAACUCUACGACGGUCAGGAUUUGUGGCGGGACGGCGACGGUGAAGGAGAGGAAGCUGACGGAGCUCCUCCUGACGCACAGGCCCGUCCUCGGGAGUGCAGAUUCCUCGGCAGAACCUUCGGUGGUCAAGUGCAACGUCAUCGGUACAGGAGGUGAAGGUCAUCGGCCGCAAGGCAAACAAAAAUGCCCAAUGUUAUGCGGUAAGACUAAAGUAGAUGCCGAUAGCAUACCCUCACUGUAUGUUAAUGUACAAACUGCAAUCGACCUCGUUCAGAAGAUCACAGAAGUGACUACGGAAGAGACCACAGAAUAUUUCACAGAAGCUGCCACGGAAAUCACGACCGACGCCUCCUUUGAGAAUGACACAAGAGCUGCCUUAGAUCCGGAUUCGUCCUCAGUCUGGAAGGUCGAGGGCGGCACCAACGCCGACAAGGGCGAGUGGCCGUGGAUGGUGUACCUGCAAUUGCUCAUCAAGGGCUCGCUGCUCUUCUGUGGCGGGACGAUUGUCAGCCCGCGCUUCAUUCUGACGGCCGCCCACUGCGUCUUUGAUGUGGAGAUUGAGAAAGGCGACAAGGUGGUGGUGAAAGCUAACGAAUACGACGUGAAGAACAAAGACGAAACAGUCAAGCAGUCCAUCAGGGUUCAGAAGAUCAUCCUCCACCCGAAGUAUAGACCGUCGACGCAGAGAGCGGACAUUGCUCUACUGAUGCUGCGAAAAGACCUGGUUCUGGGCCCCGGCGUCGCCCCCAUAUGCCUGCCACCCGAAGGCGACUACGAGGACCUCAACACUAUUGUCCUUGGCUGGGGGAGCUUGAGCUUUACUGGCAAGGACCCGCGAAAGUUGCAGAAAGGCACGCUGAUGGUGACCAGUCUGAAGGAAUGUAAGAAAAACUACACGUCUCUCGAAAGCAAAUAUAUCAUCACGAAAAAACACGUGUGCACAGCUGCUCCGGGCGUGGACUCCUGCCUCGGGGAUUCUGGAGGGCCUGUGGUGAUGCAGCUGGGGACGCUGUGGUACCAGCUCGGCAUCGUCUCGUUUGGAGAAAGGUGUGCAGUGCCUGGAUAUCCGGGUGUCAACACCAACGUUGUAGAAUAUACCUCAUGGAUACUUAGACAAAUUCGCAAAGAUAAUUGCAAGUGAUAUUUGUUUUUGAAAAAUGCUGGAAGGCAGAGGCGGUGUUGAUGUUCUGUUUUUAACAUGCUGUUUGUAUGCGUCACCUGUAGAGGAAAAGAUGUUUAAAUAAUUUAUAUUACAGAUUAUAUAGCUAUUUAUUCAUUCAGUUGUAUUUUUGUAUGUCAUUUGAUUUUGCAUGCGAUGGCGUAGUCAUGUGUCCUUUAGAGUUCAAAUCCACUUGGAAAACAGCGACCCCUUAUAACGGAAAAAUCGGUUACUUCGGCAGCGAGUAUCAGUUUUUAAUACUUGAGGGGUGGGGGUGGGGGGGGGCGCAGAUACAUGCCACUGGGCGCGCCAAAGAUUGCAAAGGUUAUUUACGUGUGAUGAAUAUUUGUGUGAGAUUCUCAAGAGUCUGAGAUCUUUGUGUACAAGAUUGCUGUUUGAUAAUUUACACUGCGUACAAAUUAGAAUUAAUAAUUUAUUUGUAUUGAUAAAAUAAUAAAGCCUUGUGAAAGCUUA